AUGCUUCAGUCUCGACCUAAACGUUAUUUUGCCGUGCAUUUUCUUUUACUAAGAUUUUUAGGCCUCGGCUGGUGGCAUCACCCAGAAGAGGGUAAAACCGAAAACUUUCCCGGAUGGUAUUUUUACUAUUCAAUAGUAACUGAGAUUGUAUGGGUAGCAGGAUUUGUCGGCUUGGAAACGAUUGAUCCUUUUGUUGGUGAAAAGGAUUUGGAUCGAUUCAUGUUCAGUCUAUCUUUUGUCAUCACUCACAAUCUAACUCUUAUAAAGCUGUAUAUUUUUUUCUUUAAAAAUAAGGAUAUACAAGACAUUGUGCGAACUUUAGAGAUCGACAUUUACGACUAUUACCAGAACGACAAAAAGAAUAGAGCCACUGUUAGAUUGUCGAAAAUGCUUACUGGAGCAUUUUUAUUUUUCGGUUGGAUGACGAUCGGUAAUGGAAAUGUGUACGGGACGAUUCAAGACCUUCGGUGGAGAGCAAUAGUGGCCAAUUUGAACGAUACUUCAAGUCGUCCAGUUCGCACUCUCCCACAGCCGAUUUAUAUACCGUGGAAUUAUCAAAACGAUAAGUCCUAUAUACCUACCUUCGUUUUAGAAACGAUAGGUUUGUUGUGGACUGGCCAUAUAGUUAUGACAAUAGAUACGUUUAUUGCAUCUCUCAUUUUACAUAUGAGUUCACAGUUUGUAAUAUUACAUGAGGCUAUCACAACGGCUUACGAUCGCACCAUGUUAAAACUCCGUGAAGGAAUAUCACAUGAUACUGAAGAACUUCAAGCUGAAGGAUCGGUUACCAUAAGUCCAGAAGAAAAUAAUGAACGAAUCGUAGAAUCGUUUCUCACGAAGGCAGAAAUUGAGAAUGAAUUGCAAAAAACUUUAACAAAUUGCUUUCGCCAACACCAACUUCUGAUCAAUUGCGUGGAGAAGUUUUCGAGAACUUAUUCCUAUGGCUUCAUGACUCAACUGCUCUCCAGUAUGGCAGCUAUUUGCGUAGUAAUGGUUCAAGUUUCGCAAGAUGCAUCAAGUUUCAAAUCGAUAAAACUUGUGACAUCAUUGGCAUUCUUCGUCGCUAUGAUAAUUCAACUGGCAAUUCAAUGUUUUACUGGAAACGAACUCACUCUGCAAGCAGAACGCAUAUCAGACGCGGUGAUGCAGUGCAAGUGGGAACGUAUGCCUGUACGCCACCGUCGCCAAUUACUGCUUAUAAUGAUGCGCGCGCAGCGUCCACUGCGACUCACCGCUGCCGGUUUCACGAACAUGGACAAUGCUUGUUUUCUCGCUAUCAUGAAAGCAGCAUAUUCGUAUUAUGCUGUUCUGAGCCAAAAGCAACAAGAGGACAAUAAAUCAUUGUAG